CUUUCUUCCGCCUUCAUUCAUCAAAAAAUAAAUAGGAAUUCUUCAUUUUCUUUCUUUUCAAGAUCAAUCCUUCGUUCUCUUUUAAGGAACCACACUUGCGAACCCUAGUUCGAAUGUUGGAUACAAAAUUCGGUUUCCCUCCCUCCUCCCCCGCAGCCGCGCCCCCAUCCCGAGCCCCGGCCACAGGCGCAGCGCCGAAUCUCAAGCGGAGGAGGAGAGAGGGCGAGGGCGACGCCGGCGCCGACGCUGACAUGAGGGAGGAGGCGGUGGAGCGGCUGCGCGGGGUGGUGCGGGACAGCGUCGGGAAGCACCUCUACACGUCCGCCAUCUUCCUCGCGGACAAGGUGGCCGCGGCCACGGGCGACCCCGCCGACGUCUACAUGCUCGCGCAGGCGCUCUUCCUCGGCCGCCACUUCCGCCGCGCGCUCCACGUGCUCAACAACUCCCGCCUCCUUCGCGACCUGCGCUUCCGGUUCCUCGCCGCCAAGUGCCUCGAGGAAUUGAAAGAAUGGCAUCAGUGUCUGAUGAUGCUUGGUGAUGCCAAAGUUGACGAACAUGGCAAUGUUCUUGAUCAGGAUGAUGGCAGUGACAUCUAUUUUGAUAAGGACGCAGAAGAUCACGAGAUCAAUAUCAAAUCAGCUAUAUGUUUCUUACGUGGCAAGGCGUAUGAAGCACUGGAUAAUCGUGAUCUUGCUCGGCAAUGGUACAAGGCAGCAGUUAAAGUUGAUCCGUUAUGUUAUGAGGCUCUUGAAUGCCUUGUUGAUAACUACAUGUUAACGUGCGAGGAAGAAUCUGAGUUAUUGGCCUCUCUGAAAUUCGGGAAAGAAGACGGGUGGCUGUCAGCAUUCUACUCAUGUUUGAUUAGGAAGCAUGAAAAAGAAUAUGUAGUGGAAGCAAAAUUCAAGGAUCUUGAACGCGAAUCUUGCAGUAUUUCUCCAAGUUCUGGUCAAAUGAUGAAAAAUAACAUCGAUGUUUUGGCUUGCAAAGCUGAAUACUACCAUCAGAGUGGAGAAUACCAAAAAUGUUUUGAGCUCACAUCUGUUUUACUUGAAAGGGAUCCGUUUCAUUUAAAAUGCACAUUAGUGCAUUUGGCUGCUGCUAUGGAGCUUGGGCAUUCCAAUGAUCUUUAUCUCUUGUCAUGCAAUUUAGUGAAGGACUAUCCUCAAAAAGCUAUUUCCUGGUUUGCUGUGGGGUGCUAUUACUACUGCAUUAAGAAGUAUGAUCAAGCUAGGAGAUACUUUGGCAAAGCUACAGGGUUAGAUGGCACAUUCCCUCCUGCUUGGUUUGGUACUGGUAUUGCUUAUGCUGCUCAAGAGGAGGGUGACCAGGCAAUGGCUGCAUUUAGGACAGCAGCUAGACUAUUUCCUGGAUGUCAUCUCCCAACUUUAUACAUGGGUAUGCAAUACGUGCGAAUGCAUAAUUUCAAACUUGCGGAGCAGUUCUUCAUGCAAGCGAAGUCCAUUUGUCCAUCUGAUCCACUUAUAUAUAACGAGCUGGGUGUUGUAGCUUAUAAUAUGAAAGAGUAUCAAAAUGCAGUUCAGUGGUUUGAGUUAACACUGACUCAUACUUCAUCGUCCCCAAAUGAAAUGUGGGAACCAACAAUGGUGAAUCUUGGACACACACUGCGGAAACUGAACUGAACUAGAGACUUGCCAAGACCAAUCUCACUUACAUGCUUCAUUGGUCAUUGCAACUAUAUGCAACAACAACAACAACAACAACAACAACAACAACAACAACAACAACAACAACAACAACAGCAACAACGCCUUUAGUCCCAAACAAGUUGGGGCGUCAUUAUAUGCAUGUGGACAGAAAAAUGCAAGGACAUGUAAAAUGAAGUGUUGUAUUUAGUUGACACAUCAGCAGUUGCUCUGUAAACGUCUUGAUCCUGUUGUUGCAGCCCUAGACUAGCUCUGGACGAAGGUAGAAGAAGCACUUUUUCUGGCGACCAACGCCCUGGCGCUACAACGCCCCGGUGUUCAAAGGCCCUGGUUUUUCAUUGUUCAACUAGCCACAACCGCACGCUACAAACAUGAACAGCCCAGCCGGCUUUGUAGUGCAGCAGCUACGCAGCGCCCAAGUUUCCACCGUGCAUGCACCCACGCACACCUAGCUACUGCAUGUGAACGAUCCGCUCGGCCAGCGCGCACGACGCGCACAGCGCGCAUGACUCGGCCAGCUCCACAUCGCUCCUAACAGCUAACUACUACAACCAACUAGCUAGCUAACACACACACGCACGCACACGGGCCAUACACUGCCCAUACACACAUGCCACGCCACUGCGUCCCACACGUCCCGCCCGUCCCGCGCGUCACCGACACGCCCGACGAGCCCGACGGCACCAGUGUGUCCCGCCCGUCCCGCGCGCGCACGACGCUCCCGACGAGCCCGACCACACACGCUGUGGCUUAUUCCAACACACACCCCCUAAGCCACGGCCUACAGCAGGUGAGUCCAUCGUCGUCGAUGUCGCCAUGGCCGCUCCUACGGCCUCCUCGACGCUUGACGCUGCCUCCAUGACGCCACGCCCUGCACGCCCCGGCUCGCGCACACGAUCACGCACUGACGUGAUCGACGCGGCUGCCCUGCGCUCCGCUGGACGCGUUCUCCCCCGGUGAUCCGCACGCCCGUACGCGCGCCCGCGGCCCCGACGCGCCCGACGCGUCCAGUGCGCACCCAUAACACGCACCGGUCGCGCCCGGCUCGCCGCCGCGCCUUAUUGCCCUGCACCGCUGCGGCCUCAACCGCAGCGCAGCGCCUCCACGGUCGUCGCGCCGAGCUGCCGCGGCCUCUGCGACACCACGCAGGUCCUCCGCGACCUCCUCGUCUCCGCGACCGCCGUUGCUCGUCGCGUGCACGGCAUCACGCCACACCGCCGUGGACUCGCCGCGCGUUGCCGACGCCACGCGCUCGCCGCGUGCCCGGCAUCACGCCCCACCGCCGUGGACUCGCCGCGCGUUGCCGACGCCACGCGCUCGCCGCGCGCCGUUGCCAAGACCUUCAUGUCCGCCGCGCACCACGCGUGCCGCCGCACGCCACGGCCGCCCCUCGAACCCGGUCGCUCUGAUGCCAAUUGUUGUUGCAGCCCUAGACUAGCUCUGGACGAAGGUAGAAGAAGCACUUUUUCUGGCGACCAACGCCCCGGCGCUACAAUGCCCCGGCGUUCAAACGCCCUGGUUUUUCAUUGUUCAACUAGCCACAACCGCACACUACAAACAUGAACAGCCCAGCCGGCUUUGUAGUGCAGCAGCUACGCAGCGCCCAAGUUUCCACCGUGCAUGCACCCACGCACACCUAGCUACUGCAUGUGAGCGAUCCGCUCGGCCAGCGUGCACGCGCGCGCAUGACUCGGCCAGCUCCACAUCGCUCCUAACAGCUAACUACCACAACCAACUAGCUAGCUAACACACACACGCACGCACACGGGCCAUACACUGCCCAUACACACACGCCACGCCGCUGCGUCCCACACGUCCCGCCCGUCCCGCGCGUCACCGACACGCCCGACGAACCCGACGAGCCCGACGGCACCAGUGUGUCCCGCACGCGCCCAACGCGCCCGACGAGCCCGACCACACACGCCGUGGCUUAUUCCAACAGAUCCUAAGCGGUCGAGUCUUAAAAAGAGGUUGGAGUGGAUGUUCAAAUUCCUAUGGAAGGCAUAGGAAUCCAUUCUAUAUGAAUUUGGGUGUCAUCAUUCCUUUGAUCCCAUGGCAAUAAAAGGGGGCAGCCCCAGUGCAUGUAGCUCCCGCUUGCGCAGGGUCUGGGGAAGGGUCCGACCACUUUGGGUCUAUUGUACGCAGCCUUUCCCUACAUUUCUGCAAGAGGCUGU